AACUUAGUGUACAGCAAAGCGACAUCCACUUACCCUCUUAUUAAAUAUAAUUAUUGUGUUAUGAGUUUAUCCAUCAUACCUUUAGGAAUUCAUUUCAAAAGUAAUUGCGAAAAAUCCUCGAUAUGAAAAUGUUUAUGACAUCAUCAAGCACGUAGAUGAAAUGGCUUGUAUAAGAAACAUAGGUUCAAUAUUAAAAAUAUCUGAUUUUAACGAAAAAGAACUAACUAAAAACGACAGUUCUGAAGAGAUUCAAUAUAAGAGACCUAAAAAUAAAAAUGUAAUUUUAAAUGUAAAUUUUAACGACGCUCGAACUUAUCUAGAUGAUCUUAAGAAGGCUGAUUUAAUGUAUAUUAGGAGAAAGGCGAACAUUAAAUCUGAAUAUAACACUAAAAUACAUUUAAAUCCUGUCAAUCAAAUUUAUCUCAAAUCGGAUCUGGAUAUAAUGAAAGAUAAACAAAGAUUUGCACAAAUGCAAGACUUUAAAAAUGAAAUACAGGAAAGAGAAACAGAAAAUAACUUUGUUAUCAGUUCAAUUUUACAUCAAUAUAGGGAAUUAUAUCUCAAAAAUAAUGGAAAAUUACCAACGGAAUUUCCCAUGGCAGAAGAACAGUUGGCAUACAUUUUUAAUUUCUACAAAAAACUAGUAAAACGAAUAGAAAUUUAUGAAAACCUGAAAUCAGGCAAAAAGACAGUGAAAGAUUAUAUUUCAGAAACAAAAGACUAAAUAAUGACUUGAACAUACUAGAGUACAAUAUUUCAUGAACAUAUGUAAUUUUAAAUUUUAAAAUUUUAAAAUUAUUUUAUGAAGUUUAAAA